AUGCGACGUUUAGUACAAGAUGGCACGUCAUCGACGAAUCUGAUCGGAUUGGACUCGGCAGAAGAAUUUAUCAACCUCGGCUUCGAGUUGUUCAACGAUAGAUUCAGUCUAGAGAGCACGUUUAUAGUUCAAGAUUUCUUCGAGGAUACCCCGCAACUUGAUAACUUGGCUAGCCGCGUCAAACUGAUCAAUUCCGGCUAUUUCAUGCAUUUGUUUAACUGGGAUACACAACUACACGUUGCGAAGCGUAUGAUGAGGUUGGCUUGCCCGGAGAAGGGAGCGAUCAUCACUGGCAUUAAUUUUGGGAGCCGUUCGCCUCCGGAUUGGGAUAUGGUUCCUCCAGGCCUUCCUCCGCAAUAUUUGCAUGAUCAGAGGAGUUUGGCUAGGUUAUGGGGCUUGGCUGCAAGGGAGACCAGGAUGAACUGGAUGUUUCGAUCUGUUAUAGAUUACGAUGAGUACUGCAACAUGCUUGAUCCUAACGGAUAUCGGUUGAGGCGGGUGGCCGAACGGUUGUGA